AUGGAAGAUACGUCGGCCUUGGAGAUCAUCAAUUCCUUGCCAGACUUGGUUCUGGCCAAGAUGGACGAAGGAGAACUGGAAGAUGAGGAUGAUGUUGAAGGAGAAGAUGAAGAGGAACAGCAUGAGAAAAUUAAUGGAGGUGGUUCCAAGGUGGCUAAUAUCGUGCAGUUGGUCCUGGAUCAAAGCCGGGCUGUGAAUCAGAUGCUUCAGAUGGCCAAGGUCGGACCUGGACCCAGCCUGGAAGAUCAAGAGAAGAGCAAGGAGGAGGAAAUGGGAAAGAAGAAGAGAAAGAAGAAGAAAGCCAAUAAGUCGAUGGUGGCACUGUUACAGAACCCGAACCCAGGUCGGACAUACAACUUCGUUUGGAACGAGAAACACAUCGUGAACGAGAACGGGACCCGGAUGUUCUGCUGUGACAUUUGUGGCGGGAAGUAUCAGCGGGCCUUCUCCCUCAAACGUCACUAUCUUAAGACUCACAUCAACUUCAAUUACUUGUCAGAGAGGGAUGUGGUGAAUUGCGGGAUCUCGGUGAUGAGGAAAUGCAAAUCCACACGACCAGACUUGUCAUCCUCAGACACAGGGAUGAAGAAUCUCUUCACUUGCCACUUGUGUGGAGACGGAUUCGACGAGGCCAAGGCCUUAUCGAAUCACUUGGGAAGACAUGGAGAGAAUCCGUCAUCGUGUGACAAAGAAAGACGCUUCUCAUGCGAUCUCUGUGGGCUUCGAUUUAUCCACAAGCACAACCUGAAGCGGCACCUGAAGAAACUUCACCACCAACAAGAUCUAUUCUCCUGCCCCGUGUGUGAGAGAACUUUCCUAUCCAAGCAACGUCUUCAUAGUCACGAGGUCAUCCACUACAUAUCACGAUAUUCCUGUGCGGAAUGCAAAACAGUCUUCUCCAAGCAGGAAGAGCUUCAGGCCCACAUUAGUGCCGGUGAAUGCAAUCAUGGAAGUUCGUCUACGCAACACAUGAGUCCUCUGACCACAAAGACGACAGCAAUGGCACCCAGCAGCAGUCAUGGUGCUUUGCCGUUGAGUAACGGCACCAACUCCACGUUCGCCUACUCGUGUGCGGUGUGUGGGCAGAACUUCACGGAUUACGUGGCAAUGUGCAAGCACCGACGUCAGGCGCACGGGAUGUCUAAGACAAAACCAAGCCCCAAUGCAGGGUCGGGGUCCAGACCUCUCAUGCCGAAACCUCAGCACAAGCAACCUGUCCCAGUGUUUCCCAAUCGAGAGAUCACCAUUUCCAUCAAGGACCCGAAGGAAUUACAUGAGAAACAGAGGGAAGAAAGAGUCCAUUCUCCGCCGGAUGUCAUUCUCGUUCCUUCUGCAGUUCGCCCCACCAUCGCCAUUACGACGCCCCAUAGCACGACGACGGGUGUGGGGAUGGGGACAAUGUGGAGACUCCCUAAGGAACUGAGCAUCCUCCCGGCGGUGUCGGUUGUUCCAAUUCCAGCGGUUCCGCCGAGCCCCUCCAGCGUGGAACAUCCCUUGAAUCGCCUUCAACUUCUCGUCGCGGGACAAGGAAGAGAAUCCAUAAUGCCUCCCCCACCCCCAGCUCAUGUCCACGUUCGGCCUGUACCCACCCCACGACCCCAAUUCCUUCUCCACCCACCCCGUCCACCUGCAGGCGUUCGCCUUCCCAUGGUCCAGCUGCCUUCCCCGAAGAAAAAAGUUCUGCCACCAUCCGCCACCAUGAAAUUGAAAUCGGCUCAGUCGAAGAAAGGUCGAAAGGAGAGUCAAGGAAUGACUGAAUCUCCUAGCAUUUUCUCAUGGGCCCAGUACAAUUUCCCUCCGGAAUACCACGAGAACGAAGACAGAAAUCAAGGAAACCUUCCUCCAAAAACCGCAUAUGUUCUUGUUGGUCAGAACGAGAGCCUCAGGACGGACAGCCACAACGUCUCAGAUCUUUCUCAAUACGAUCUGAGCACCCAGGCCCUGUUGUCCAAUAUUAACAGGGGAACAAGACCGAGAAAGGAUGAUGAAGCAGAAGUGGACCCAUUUCUGCAAUGCUUAGGACUGUACAGGAAGACAAGUGGAUCCCAAGACAACGGUGGAAUCCAAAUGGCGGAAGCAAAAGACUCCCCAUUUUCGUCGGUGGUGGAAAUGAGGUACCUUUGUCAGACAUGUGGGUACCAGGACUGGGAAGAGGUGGCUGUGGCAAACCAUGCCAAAACAGAACACCCGGGUGUCCUUGCGAAGGUGUCUGUCUUUGAAGGUUGCCAAGAAAUUCCGAUUGAAAUGACGGAGAUCGCAAGAAGCACUGCCAAUGGCCUACUUACGACUUCUGUCGUCCCACCGAGUGUGAAGGACGGUCAGCAGCUGGUCUGUACCAAGUGCUCGUCCGUUUCCUAUACUUUGGGAGAUCUUCAUCGUCAUCUGUUGGAAUGUGGAGGCUUGCAAUGGGAAGGAGUGAAACGAAAGAAGAGGAGGAAGGAGAAACGAGGGCGGGUUGCCAGGCUGGUUGGCACAUCAUCAUCGUCACCAACCUCAUCAUCGACCUCAUCGACGACCACGGAAACCUCUAACCUGAUGGCUUCCAUGAAAUCUUCACCCAGGCUUACUCGACAAGCACAUUUCUCAGCUGGAGAAUCAGAGGUAGAAGGCAUUGCCAAAUGUCUCCUUGCAGAGCAUUCCCAAGAGGAGUAUCCAACUUUUGCAAACUCCAGCAUGAACUCUGCUGGAACCAUCAUGGGCCUGAAGAAGCACUUGCCAAAGAAACGACCAGCUCCUGUACCACACAAAACAGCAGUGUGUAAACCUACUCCUGAGGAACCAAAAGAUACUGAUAAUUCUGAAUCGCAUUCCUUCAAAGGGAUCAAGGUCAUAAUUCGAGGAGGAAAAGUGAUCCAACAAGGCGAUUCAUUUGACAGGGAAGAGGUUCAGGAAAAUAAAGAGGUAAUGGAGCCCUCCACCAAGAAGGUAAAGCUGCACAAGAACAAGAAAAAGAAGAGAAAGUAUAGAGAACAAACCCAGGAAGUGAAUAAAGCAGUCAUGGAAAAAGAAUUAGCCCCAAUCCAAGAGCAUGAAGUGAGAGAUGUGGUCAAGGAGGCACCUGAGGUCAAAGAACCUGUAAAGAAAAAGGGAAGGAUAAAGCAAAAGUUUGAUUCAGGCAUAUCUCCUACAUCUACUCUUCCUCCAAAACAGGUAUCUCCAGCUACUGUAAGUGGAGGUUUUGCAUGCCAAUCAUGUGCAGAGAUCUUCACCAAUAAAUCAGCAGCAGAACGCCACAUGAAAAAGUGCCCUCUGAAACCUGCAGCUGCCCUGCCACCCUCUCGAAUUCAAGAGAAAUCUUGCAAGCCAGUGCCCAACCUGCAUUCCCGUAGCUGCCCACACUGUCACAAAACCUUCACAUAUCUGACAGUGUUGUCAAAGCAUGUAUUAUUAUGCCAAGCCAAUCCAAAAAAGAAGGUCAAGGAACCUUCUAAGGCCUUGCUCCCUCAAUUAAGGGCACAAGGAAUGAAACGGAGGAGAAAAAAGAAGUCCCGCCUGGUUCACAUCAAGAAGAAGAAACUAGUAAACAGACAAGAGGAAAAUGAGAAACCUGAACCUGGAAAUUUUGGGAAAGAGGAAGAUGUGAAGUAUUCAGAAGUUGCUGUGCAGGUGGAUGAAGAUAAGGAGAUGAAGGAUGAAUGCAGGGUAGAGGAAAAUGCAGAAGAGGGAGAAAAAGGAAGUGAAGAAGAAGAAAAUGCAGAAAAAGAAGAUGAAGAAAAAGAUGAAGAAAAAGAAGAAGAAAAGGAAGAAAUAGAAGAAAGCAAAGAAGUUGAAGAAGAAAGUGAAGAAAAAGAGGAAGAAAAAGAAGAAGUAAAAGUGGUAGAAAAAGAAGAAAAAGAGAUAGAAGUAGAAGAAAAAAUGAGAAUGAAGAAUGAAAAAGAAACUGAAAAGCAGCAACAGGAAAACAUGCAAGAGGAAGAAGCAGCUGAUACUGAAAUAUUGGGAUUAGCAGAACAUAUUGAAGGAAAAGAAGUAGACUUGAAUGAAGGCAAAGAUACAGAAGGAGAAGUAGCAGGGGAUGAGUUGACAGAGGAAGGGGAUGUAGUUGACAUAAAUGAUUAUGAGAAUGUUAACAGCACAUGUUCCUGUGGUCGGAGUUUCAGAGCCCAAGCCACACUGAGUAAGCAUAAGGAAAUGUGUGCGAUGGAAAAAGCCCUGAGUCUGAGUCAGGCAGAGUCAGUGAAGGUGGAGGAUUUUGAUGAAAUAUGCAUACAUAAAGACAGAGAUGGAGAUGAUGAUGAUGACGAUAAUGAAGAUUCCAUGUUGAGAAGACCUGGUGACCAUAAGUGCACCAUAUGCUCAGUUGCCUUCCCAAGCCUCAUGAAGUUCUGGGUUCAUCGCCUUUGUCAUCUUCUCCUUGAUCGUACUUCCUCUGAUGACUGGGACUUGAUCCUCACGUAUGUGUGCGUGGAGAACUUCAAACUCCAGCAGAUUGUGCGUCGCCUGCUGGAGUAUGUUGAGGAUCUUGCUGAAGAUGAGAACAUACCUCUUUCCAUCCUAGAGUCUUUUCGCUUGCAUGUUCACCGUCAUCUCACAGCACAGGAGGUCAAGGAAAAUUUCCACAUGUUGAAGACAGUUUAUGUCCAAAACAAAGCUAAAGGGACUCCUGGUCGAAGCAAGACAGGCUUAUCAAAGGCAGACCCAGAAAGGAUUAGCUGUUCAACACCAGAAGUAUAUCCAAGUUCUCCAGUGACCCCUCAAACUUCAGUUGCAGAAGCAAAUCAAGAUGUGCCAAGUAUGUAUGUUCAAGAUGAGACCCCCAGCAGGUACUAUGCUGAGUCAGAGGCAAGUUUUUCAUAUGAGGGGGAACAGGAAUCUACAGAUUCUUCACCAAUACCAGGUGGAGCAAUUUAUGAGUCCGUUAAUGUUCUCUUCGAUCAAGACUUCAAGCCAACUGGAUCUUCCAGUGAUGGCUUUGGAUUAGGAAUGCUUGGGGGGGAGAGCAUGAAAGCCCUUCAAGAAGCCAUGGGGAUUUCAGAUGAACAGAUGGCAUUGCUUCAGUCACUUGGCAUGCCAGAAAACUAUGAGAAAACAACUGUAUCAACAACUGAAGGAGAUGAUGAAACGGGGAAUGAUCAGCCAGUGAUUUUGGAUCUUGAUGAACCUUCUGCUUCUACCACAAGUACUCUUAGCACUCCUGAGUCUGCAGAGCCAGAUGGAGAAUCAGAAGAAAGAGGAAGGAGAUCAAGUACGUCUACUCCUGGUCCAACCACACAGUGCCAGAUAUGUAACACAGAAUGCCUUAAUGCAACAAUGCUGAACUUCCACAUUCUCAAAUACCACAUGGAGAAGCCUCUGACUGGGGGAGCACUUGGAAAGAAGGAUGGGUCAGCAGCGACAGUAACUGUGACUUCAUCAACAGCUACAUCAACAAGCGUGACAGCAUCAGGGCUUCGUGAGCGCAUGACAAUGGUCCUCGGUGGUCUCCUUGACAAGGCGCUGUCCAAGGCUAACAUCAAAAAGGAAUUUAGUGGCAAAGACAACAAUCUUCUUAAGAUGGUAGCAAAUGAAGUCUGCCAACGAAUCCAAAAAGAAAAGGAAGCCAUCUGGUCAAGACGUACAUCAACACCUUCCAAAGAAGACCUGCAUGCCCUUGAAGGAGAAGUCUCCAUGCCCUACAAUAAAAGACCCUUUCAAUGCAUCCUCUGCAGAGACAGAUUCACUAAGGUGGAUACCCUUCGGAUUCACCUGAAGCUUGCCCACUCUCUCACUCCAGAAUUCAUUGAUCAGGCCUUGUCUCGUCAGUUGAAGAAUGUCACAGAGGAAAAGAAACGAAUGCGUGAUGAGGAAAGGGAGAGAGAGAAGGAGAAAGAGAAUGAAGGAGGGAGCACAGGAACUGGACAAGAAGAUGGACAAUCACAGUCUCAGACAAAAUGUCGUGUCUGUGGCCAGGCUUUUGAUGAUGUGAGAGAUUUGCGUCGUCACUAUGGCCAGAAUCAUAAGGGGCAUUCUGUCAUCCGCAAUGAGGAUAUUUAUGGUCUGAUGGCAAACAAGAGAAGCAAGUUCCUCAAUGGUCCCUUUCAGUGUCCAAUCUGCAAUGAGCAUUAUGCCCAUUCAGGAUCUCUCUGGCGUCACAUCAACAAUCGACACAGUGAAUGGAAGGUGGAAAACUUUAUGAAGGAGGGCACACCUGGGAUCAAGUUGGCCAAGACCAGUCCCGAUGGUCAUAUCAUUACGCUUGAAUGCUCUCUCAAGGCACCCAAAAAGCGACGAGACCCUGUCACCAAGGAAUGGGUGGAACUGGAACCAGAAGUGAAGCAUGAAGAAUCUACUUCAGUCUCCCCAGAAGCAGAUGAUUCAACCAACAAUACCUCUCAUUCUUGUCCUGAAGGUGGGGCUGACUCUCCUGUGGUUGAGGAAGUCCAGAGUCACUCUGAGGAAAUCCUUACCCCAACCCUGACCUCAGCUGACCUCCAUCAGCCAUCUUCCUCUUCCAGUUCUGAGGCAUGGCCCGUUCCUGCAAAGAGAACUUAUUCCCGCAGUUCCCCACUGAUGAUGAGCCCAGAUAAGGAGAAGGAUCUGGCAUUCAAGCAGUUAGCCAAUAUGGCGACUGGGAAGAAAGAAGUUGUCCCACGUGGGAACUCUACCACCCUUAUAGUUGAGAAUGCUCCUAAGAAGAAAGGGGUUAAAAAUGAGCCUCUAGCAGCACCUUCGGCUCAGGCAGAAUCCGUUGUUAGUGGAAGCUCUGAUUCUGGGAGGAGCACCUGUGAUAAUUUGUACAACCGUGUCUGCUCCAAUAUCAUGCGCAAGCGAGGUGCAAAAGCAAAAGGUGAUGAUUGAGCAUCGUCCAACUUGUGAUACUCACAUUUUAUUAUUUCUCUCUCCCAUUGAUUCCUCUUACAAUAUUGUUGCUCAGUGAAAAACUAAAGACCUUCCAAUCAUAGUGCCUUGAAUUUUUGAGAGCCAACUGAGGAGGCCUUAUUUUGAAUGCUUUCUUUCUACCAGAUUGGUAUAUAUUUGAAUCUGAAUUCCAAUUUCAAGGGACCAAUUUUCUCUCAAAGAAGUUAGUGCUUGCAUUUAAGAGGUAGAUGUAUUUGUUGAUAAUUUUCCUUUUUUGUAGAUUGUUGAAUAAAUUACUAUAAAUGAAAAUUGUGUGAAGAUAUGAUUAUAGAUGCAGGGUGCAAGGGGGCACUAAUUCAUGUAGCCCCAGCAGUCAUAGGUUCUCUAGGUCUGUGUUUCUCUACACAAUGCUCAUUACCCAA